AUGGUAAUCACAUCCCUUCGUUUCAUUAAUGGAGAAGCAACUCAAUGUUUCGGAUUUUUCAAUACAUCUGGUCUUCAAUGCGUUCACUCACUCGGUACCUGUAUUAGCAAUAAUACAUGCCUAUUUACUCCGCAAACAUAUAUGUACGUGAUGGGAAGAAAUGAUAAAUAUCAGCUAGGAACUACCAGUGCAAGCUCUUUUCCCUACACAUUGUUCCCUGAAACACACAGCUAUGGAGGCUAUGGAAGCAGAAUCUUCUACAUUUCCAAGAUGGCCUCUGAUUACACAUUGGUCACUGAUUAUAAUGGAGACCCAUUGGUCACUAAUGAAGGCUCCAUGGGAUUUACGUCCUUUGCAAACGCAAGCACAAUGAAGAGUACAAACGAUUCUCCAAUUGCGAUAUUGGGAGAUGACACAAUUACUGGUUAUGUUACAACCAGCAACAAGCUGUUUGUUAGUGGUAUUGAUAAUUUCAAUAGUAUGAACUCAAAACAAAGUACUUUCGUUCCUGCCGAGGUUACUUAUUUUUCAAACGUUAUUGAUGCUUCUGUCACUCGUCUUGGAGGAUGUGCCAUUUCAUAUUCAAAUGCUAGUGUUUCUUAUGACUUAUACUUUUGGGGCCUGAUUAACGUUGCACUUAAAAAAGCUGGCAAUAUCAUUCACGAUGAUUUAAUCAACUCAAAUUCUAGCUCAUUAUUGAGCGAUUACAUGGCAGCUUUGUACACAAACGGUAAUUUUGAUUUGAACAAGUGUGAGGUUGUUAGAGGUGAGAAUGCAACAGGAAAUGAAGUACCAACCGCAUUCUUAUUGAAAGACACAGGAGAUUUAUUCGUGUAUGGUGCUCACAGCAUUGCGAAUGGAGUUUCCAAUUCUGCUGAUGCAAGAUUUUCCGAUUGCUACUUUGGAAAAUGUACAAACACAGCAAUUAACAUCCUACAAAAUGUUGACUUUUUUAAGUGCAGUGCUAGUCAUUGUAUAGCCAGCGUGAAUGGAAGCCAAUUAUUUACUUGGGGAAAUAAUACAUAUGGUCAGUUGUGUUUGAAUGAUUAUAGCUAUAGAGCGAAUCCAACCCAAGUAUCCACUGGAUUUGCAAUUCAAGGAAAAGUUAUCCAAGUUACAGCUACAAAAAACAACAUCUACGUAUUAACAGACGCCGGAUUCGUGUACGGAUGUGGAAGCAAUUUGUAUGGACAAAUGGGCGUUCCUCCAAACAAAGCUGCCUCAUUCAACACACUCUCCCAAAUUGUCAUUCCAAAUCAAAGAAGAAAAAUUUUUCACUUGGCUGAUGGUGUGGAUAGCGAAUCUUUGAUUGCAUUCUCUGGAUUGAAAUGUACAAACUAUUAUUCCGGUUUUGACUGCUCAACUUCGUUGUACUCCUGCUAUGGAGUUCCAGCAAACUCUAGCUUGACUUGCUCUGGAAGAGGUUCAUGUGCUAUGACUGAUGCUUGCUUGUGUGCCACGCCUUUCAAUGGCUCUGACUGUGAAAUGAUCCCACCUGAUUUUUCAAUGCAAGUCAAAAUUGUCAAUCAAACUGAGAACAUGUUGGACCGUAGCUACAAUUCAUCUCUAAAACUCACUGGAGUUCUAUACACUCCAAACAUUUUGUAUUCCAAUAUCAUGAACUACGUGAAGAGUACAAGAAUUACAAUUAUUAUAAGCGGAGGAGUUAAUAACUUGACUCUUCGCUUUGAUGAUUUUGUACUGAUUGACAAAUUGUUUGUUGAUAACUUACCAAUUGGAUAUUAUAAUGUGAGAGUACUUGUCAACUUUAAAUUGAUUGGUUAUUCGUUCUCUACAUUGGAAUCCUCUUAUACUUUUGAGAAAAGCGUUUCACAUUCCAACGUUCUUUCCUUUCAAAACAGUGAACCUUAUUACGUGAGUAAAAACGGAGUUGUGAGAGUUAUCGCCAACGUUGAUGAUCCAUAUUUUUUGGCAAGCUCAUUCCGACAAGAAUGGAAAUACUGUGUGAAGGAUUCGGUAAACUGUACAGCUUACACAGAUGGAACUCUUUUUUCUGGCAUUUCAUCUCUUUCUCCUACAAGAAUAACUUUCGAAAAAGAUGCCCUCUUUUUUAUCUCUCUAGCUCAAUCUAAUGGGGCUAAUAAUGUCACGGUGGAAUUGAAAUUUUCUUAUUAUAGAUAUGCCAAAGAAACUUCCUCGAACAGCAUCACAUUGACCGUGGUUAUCAAUUUGAAGAACUAUGCACCAUCCAUUACAAUCAACAGAUAUCCUUCCACUACUUAUUUAUCACCCACACGACCAACAAGUGUUUCUGCAGUAAUAACAUUUUCAGAGCCCAUACCAGAUGCCCUUUCUAUUUCGUACAGGUGGAGCAUUUCACCCCCUCUCAGUGUUGACUGGUCAUCUUAUCAAAAACAGUCUAUUCUGGUUUUCAGUCCAGACGUUUUCAAUUCAAGUACUGUUUAUAGCUUCACUGUAGAUGUUUCUGUCUCAUAUGCAGGUGAUACAAAUAACUAUAGGUCGUUAAUGACAGUCAGAUCUCCUCCAACACUUCCUCAAUACCCACCCAACGUAACGGUUUUGUCAAUUACUCCUUCAGACGGCUCUGGUGUAGCAUUGAUUACUCCUCACAAUAUAACGGUUGCUGCUCUAAAUACUGAGGACUCAAGAUCUCUUACAUAUACUCUUAGAUAUGCAAUUAGCGAUACUGAACCAAGAGUUUACAAACAGCUUUCACAACUGGGCCGCAAUUCUCUCACCUCAUCAAAUACCUUACCGUAUGGGCAAAUACUUGUAGAAGUUUUAAUUCAAGAUGAAUAUGGAAACAGUUUGACAACUGAUCCUAUUACCAUUCAAACUCGCCAAAUUGAUUUGGACACAGUGAAGGCACUUGUAAAUAGUAAGGAUAUGACUGUAAUUGAUGUUGAAACGACUGCUUCAACAAUCAACCGUCUAAAUACUCAACAAGACACAAGUUCACUGCGAGAAAAAUUAUCAGAAAUUUUGUUCUCCAAAAUUUCAUCUCAAUACCCCGAUGCUACAAUUAGCGAUGCUAUUAACAGCAUAACAAAAAAAACAUCUGACUUGACAAAAAGAGGAGCGAAUUUUCUUGUGCAAGGAGCUAAAACAAUUUCUGGUAACUUGAAAAACAUCUUUGAAUUUGGUGGCGAAGCAGAACAUGUUGCCCUUUCUCUAACUGAUUCUCUUUCCAAUAUUGCCGACAACAAAAAUAUUUCAGAGGUAGAUUUGAAUGCUAAUAUCAGUUCUACACUCUCUUCUAUUUCCAGACAACUUGCAUCGACACUUUUACCUUCUCAAUCUAUUUUACUCCAAACAACUAAUUUCAAUAUUUUCGUAUUUGGAAAUACUUCUAUUGCAUCCAAUAAUUAUUCAAUUGAAAAUAUGUCAAUUUCUCUUCCGUUCGAUUUUGAUACGUAUCUUGGAAAGGCAACUUCAAAUAUUAACUCACCAUCUAAGUCCUAUAGUGUUGAAUUAAUAAGCUAUAAGACAUCUAUAUUUGAUAAUGUGAGAUUAAAUAAUACAAUAGGUACCAACAGCUCCAGAGCAAGCAAUAUUUUAUCCCUCGUCAUUGGUGCUGCUAUUACUUCCGGUGCUGAUAAAUCAGAAGUAAUUGUUAACAAUUUGAAUACUCCAUUGGUAUUUGUUUUUCCUAUUAAUAAUCAAACUUCUAACAAUUUCGAGUGCAAGUUCAUUAAUGAAAACACCAAUGCAUGGAGUAAAGAAGGAUGCACAACUGAAAUUCUAAGCACUGGCGUGAAAUGUUUUUGCAACCAUGCCACCAAAUUUUCUAUUUUUAGACUCUAUACAGAAUCGGUGACUAAUGAUGAAUUUUUAGGGAAUACUGGAAUUAGAGUUGUCAAUGUAAUUUUUGGUUGCAUUUACUUCGUUCUCUCCUGUGGUGUGUUUAUUGGAUUGCUUUUCCUUAGAAACACGAACCCAGUAAGAUCUCGUUAUAUUGGCCCAUAUGUUGGGUUAGCUGCCAUAAUGCUGGACUCUUUAAUUAUUUCUUUCAUUCAAAAUAUUGUUCUCUUAGCAAUAGACAAAGGAACCUCAAAUACGGAAGCUGAUGUUGUUUUUAUCAAAACUACUGCAAACGGCUUUAAUUAUUUCAACGUUAUCUUGGUCAUCCCAUUAUAUUUGACUGCCUUUUUCACAUUCCUAGUACAGAUUGUGAGGUAUUUUAUUAAGCGUCAUAUGUACGAAUAUAUAUCUAACAAGAUUAUAUAUAAUGCACAUGUUUAUCGAACAAUCACCUCUAAAUCUGCGUUCUGGGCCAUUCUUUCUGUAUCUCUAGCCAUAAUUGUUGGAUAUUAUGUAAUAUGGGUUGGAUUAGGAGGUGCAAAUGUAUUUUCAAAUCCACUUACUUUUACUUAUAUUACCAGCUUGUCAUACUUUGGUUUGGCUUGGAUUAUUGGAAUGAUGUUAGUGAUUAUUGCUGUGUGGGAUUUAUUUUACAUGAACGGGCAUUUAUUUGGCUCUUGUUGCAUUCCAAACGACGUAAACGUCAAGCCAACAUUUAGUUCUUCUCCAUCAUACGUUCAAAAGAAUAGAAUUUCCAAACUGAUGAAUAUUCUUGCUAGAACCAAGAAACAAAAACAACAACUAGGAGCAUCUCUUUUCUUGUCUAUUCCACAAGUAUAUUAUUUCACGGAUGAUAAUCUUUACUUUAGGUUAGAAAAUCAUUUAUUUAUUUUGUCAUAUGUUGCACUUUCUAUCAACUACUUAGCAGGUAUUGCAGAUAUAUCAGUUAUUUCUGUUGGAAUACAAGAUUCUGCUUCAAGAUUAGGCCCGGCUAUUGUUGGAUUAGUUUCUGGAAUUGCUUAUUCCUUCUUACUUAUUGGAUCAUUUGGAGGAUUGAUUGUGCUAUGUUACCUCAUUGAAAGAAGAAGAAAAAAGGUAACUCCAAACCAUCAAACCUCUCGUGUUGAGGAAGAUGAAUUACUUCAGCUUUUGGGUGACCGAUUUGGAAAACCAUUAUUUGUAGAGUUUUGUGAAAAAGAAUUUUCACUUGAAAAUAUUUACUUCUAUGAUGCCGUUUCAGAAGUCCAAAGAACCAUGGAUUCUAAGGAAGAUGACGAACUCAGGAACCUUGUUCACAAUAUGCAUGAAAAGUUUAUUAAGACUGGGUGUGAAUAUGAGGUAAAUCUUCCAAGUACAUCAACAAAAGCCUUUAAUACUGUUUAUGGCAAUCCCCAAGCAACCGCCAAACAAAUUAAGGACAUGUUGGAUACCGUAUUGAUCAGCGUUAUGUAUAACUUAAAAGAUACAUACAGCAGAUUUUCCAUGACAGAGGAAUAUAGGCUUUACCAACAGAGCAAAGACAACAUUAGCAUGCUGGAAAAUAAUUUCUUGUAG